AUGCAUCAUCGGGAUGACACGCCGCUCCAAUACAUUUGUUACCAAGAGGCCGCAUCGCAAGUCGCGGGGCGGGUGUUUGACCUGCAAGAAGAAGAAGGUGAAGGUAAAUUUAGUCUAACAGUGCUCACAUACGAACGUGGUAUUGAUCUGGUGCAGUGUGACGAAACGCAGCCCAUAUGUGGAUACUGCAACCUCCGGAAGCUGGAAUGCGAAUACACCCAGGAUAUCACAUUGACAUCUCGGGCUUCGUCGGCACGUCCAUCGUCUCGUGAUGAGGUUCUACCAUCUACGUCCAACAGUCCAGUAGAUUUCAACGACCUUUCCAUCCAGUUGGUACCAUAUGUCAACCCACACUGCCAUACAUCUAUAGGCACACUCACGGCCCUUGACAAUCAACUACUCCAAUACUACAGAACAGAUGCCUACCGCACCGUUGUAUCGUGUGACGAUGCCAUCAUACAAAAGCUACACAAAGAGACCAUACCCCAAUUAAGCAUCUCCAACCCAUUUCUCCUAUACGCUUUACUCGGCAUGACAGCAACAUACAGCAACAACAUCACACCCAACAAGACCGUCGAGAAGCAAGCCCUACUCUACCGUCAAAAGACCUUCUCAGCCUACAAGGAAGCCCUCAAGAACAUCACAGCCGAAAACUACGAAUCCGUCCUCGUAACAGGUGGUCUCCUUCUCGCGCUCGUCCCCGGACCGACCUCCGACGAAGACGAAGACUAUUUCGACUGGGUGCUCGGCCUGCUCAAACUAAGCGAAGGCCUACGUAUCCUCGCCUCCCUCCGCUGGGCACAAGGCAUCGAGAAACUCUCCGUGUACCCUCUAGUACGCCGGGAGAUCAAGACGCUGCCUCCACCACCCAUCGUCGAUGUCGCAGCCAUCGAAGCGCCCAUUGGGCCGCUGGGAACUACGCCUGAUAACCCCAAUCCUGCACCAACAUACACGCCCAUCCACUUCCCCACGCAAACCCGCCUCUUUCUUCCACCGCCCCUGAUGCAACUCCUCCAAAGCGUUAUCCGAGGAAAGGAGUCAGGGACACUAGAUUGGCAUCGACCAACUCUUCUUCCCGUCUUCCACGCUCUAUCCCCCAUUUUCCUAUCUCUGUAUUACUACGGGCUAGACUCUGACUUCUACGUCCGCAUCUUCGUCUGGACAUCCUUCCUCAUGCCAGACUACCUCCAGCUGAUGCGAGACAAGGAACCAAGGGCCCUGGUUCUGUUCGGGUGGUGGUUGACGUUGGCAAAUCUAGCACCGAAGGGGUGGUGGACGGGGAAGCGAGUGCGUAAGACUAUUGGGGCGAUGUUGCGGGCGAUUCAAGCGCAGCCUGUGGGGGAUGGUGGGUUUGCAGAGCGCGUUUUGGAGGGUGCGUUGCGGAUUGUGGAUGUUGUGGAUAGGGAGGGGAAGGAGGCGGCGGCCAAGGCGGUGUUCGAUGAUUGGCCUGGGGUCAGUUGGGAGGAGGGGCUGGUUAGGGCUCAGGCGUGGGAGUAUGGUCCGUUGGUGGAUUUGGGGCAGUUGGAUGGCGGGUUGAAUAUGGAUGCUGCUGUGGGUAUUGAUCUACAAGAACUUGGUAUAUCGGUCUGA